AUGGCGGGCGAGAUUCCCCAUCGCGACCCGAGCAGCUGGAUUGCAAGCAAUCUACCGUCGACGUCGACGCGCAAUGACAGCUCGAAUCAGGCGUUGGUUCCCAAGAAACUGCCCUUGUCGCGCGGGAGGGUCACUGGGGCGCGCCGAGGUCAAUGCCGCGGCGUCCCGUGCUCGUGCGCCUCUGCCCUGGGCGCAGCAGCGCAGCCAACAGAGGGGAGGAGAGAGCAAGAGGCCAUGUUAAUCAAGCCGACCUCGGGAGGUGAGGUUCAGGUCGCCGGGCAGAGACAGGCCGACGGGGCGCCACAGGGGAUGCACGCAAAGAGUCAGAUUGGGCGCUGCAGAUCACCGUGCCGGGGGCGUCUGCUCCUGCCAGUUGCAGUUGAGGGGGGUUUGGCGGGGGGUCGUGAACGGCCGCGUGACGCUGGAGGGCCUGUCUGUCCGUCAGCGCGGUGCGGUGCUUGCUCGGUCGGCCAAGCCAUCAUCCAUGCAUCCAUCCGUCAAGCCAUCCACCCAUUCAUCCAUGCAGUUACAAUUCUCCAGCAAACAAGCGCGGCACGUCGCCGGGGCCAUGGGACACCGCAUCGCACCUCAUCAGUGAAUUUGGCUUCGCGCACGGGCGGUGCGCCUGUCAAAGAGCUGCUGUGGCACGGACCCGCACGUCUGGCGCGCAUCAGGCUUGGAUCCCGGGGAAUUAUUGACAGCCCAGCGCCCGGGAAGCGGCGUCGGUCCCCAGUCUCAUCGAGUCCCCAUCUGCAGGUGCCUGCCUCGGCCCUCGCCAACGGUCGGUUCUCGUGCGUGCUGUUUGCCUGCCCGAGAGGCGUCGUCGGCGGGCUGAGACGGGCGUUCGGUUUGUGGGACGGAACGGGAAUGGGAUACGACGGAGGGAUGAGACGGGGGAUGGGAUGGGAUGGGAUGGGAUGGAAUACGUACAUGGACCAUGGUGCGUGCAGGCAGGCUGGAUGGGGCCUCCUCUGUCUCUUAUACACAUCUAGAUGUGUAUAA